AUGGACCAAAUCCCCCCCGCGGGCCCCGCAGGGGGGUACCUUUUAGGUACCCUCAGAGCUACGUCUGAGGGUGCGGGCUUGGAUGAGGAAAAGGUGAUCAACCUUUUACAAGGGAUUUUGGAAUACACCAGCGAAAAGGAAUUGCCUCGGACAAAUGAGCAAGCUUUCGAGUGUAUCGUGGAUAUCGUCACCCUCUUCCCAGGAAGCCGCCGCCUGUUCCUCAGGACACCAUUCUUCGCCAAUCGGAAGCGCACAUUCGGGCCGUACUUUUGUCAGGACGAUAUUUUGAAGAUCUGGAAAUGGGGGAAUGGAGCCGCUGAAAAGCACUGGACAUAUUGGUCCAACGUCGCUAGUCUCGCGCUCUCGCAUUCACAAACUUCCACGUUGAUGGAGACGAGUCGUCUGGAUGACCUCGUUGGGGGUAAUUCAGAAGGUGCGGGACUGUGCGGGAUACAGCAACUGAUCGUCGGUCGUGCCGACACUGAUUCCAGUCACGGCGUCUUGAUAGUCCGAUUCCUCUACGGGCUCGUGGUUCUUCCCACGUUUUGGGAGGUCCAGAACGCCGAGCGAGCCGCAGUUGCAGUCCGGCUAUGCAAGGAGGUCUUCCUAAUACUCCAGGACACGGGGAUCGAUGCGGAGGAAGUCCGCGACGGUGAGGAACUCUUCGAUGACGACCCCCCAUUCGAUUAUGAAGGCGUGGACUGUCUUUGCCACGCGCUGCUCGUCGGCCUUUCUCGCUGGAACCCGCUCAUCCUGCACACGCGCCAAUCUGAGCCCUGGUUUUCUUUAUUCCUGGAGAUCAUCGGUCUGCUUCUUCGCCCACUCGCACUCAGCUUCUGUCCCCAAUCUGCAGAAUUUGCCAAGAGUGUAGAUCUCUCCCUUAUGGAGUUCCGCGAAGGGACCGUCGUGCAGGCUGUGGAAGUGAACAUUGAAGUUCAGCCGGAAGAUUUUUAUUCGGAACGGACCAACCACAAUCGAGGUAUACCAGACACCCGAGACAUCGAGCCCGCACCGGAAUCGUCUCCCCCGCAAUCUUCCGAUGACAAGGAAGCCUCGAUCGAUAGUCUGGAGGGAGCUGACUCUGACACUAUGCCGCCUCCCAUACCUCAGAUUGGGUCUUCGGUAGAAAUGGAGAACGAAAGCCCACCACACCCCGUCACGGUCGACGACGUCGCGGAUCGGACCAGAAACGGAGGGAGGCAGUCGCGUCUCUCUCGUCCUCCACCUAGAGAAGGAUGGUUCCGACGGGCAACGAAGACAGUGAAAGCGAUUUUGGGGGAAUAG